AUGUCGGCAAAGUGUCGCUCUUGCGGCAAAAUGUAUAAGACGAGCGGAAAUACCUCAAAUUUAUUUGACCACCUGAAGCGUGCGCAUCCCGGUCAGCGUGUUAACGAUUUGUCAAUCACUUCUGGUAAAAUAGAUACAUAUUUAAACACAACAUAUGAAUCUACGUCAAAGCGCAAACAAGAGCUUGAUUUAGGACUCAUAAAAUUUGUAGCUCAAGGCAUGCAACCUUUUUCUAUAAUUGAGGAUCCUGAGUUUCGCGACUUUAUCAAACUAUUCGACCCACGCUACAAACUACCGUCGCGGACUACCCACUCUAAUGUCAUGAUGGCAAAUUUAUUUGAUGAGCAGAAACCUAAAUUAAAAAAUUUGCUCAGCAAAAUAAAUCACUGUGCCAUCACAACUGAUAUGUGGACGUCCCUGGCAAAUGAAUCUUAUAUGACAGUCACAUGCUCGUUUAUUACAGAUAGUUACUGUCUUCGCUCUGCUGUUUUAUCAACAAAUAAGCUAAUUGAUGAAACAAAUCAUACUGCUAAGAAUAUAGCAGAUACCCUGCAGGCUGUUUGCAACGAAUGGGGAAUUUUUGAUAAAAUAACUGCAAUUGUGACCGAUAAUGCAAGCUCAAUGAUCAAAGCGUGUGAGCUGCUUAAAAAAAGGAAUUUACCCUGCUAUGCACACUCACUUAAUUUGGUGGUGCAAGAUUGCCUUAAGCUGGAUUGCACAAAAGAAUUACUUAAAAAAUGCAAGUCCAUUGUCGCGUUUUUUAAAAGUAGCACGAUUGCUUACAAGAAAUUUAAAGAUUCUCAAUUGACGGAAACUAAAUAUAGUCUAAUACAGGAAGUUGCCACCAGAUGGAACAGUGCAUUCCUAAUGAUUGAAAGAGUCUUAAAAACACAUGAAGCAAUCAAUAUAACACUUCUAAGUUUGUCGAAAGCGCCACAGCCUCUCAUAGCUGACGAAAUCAACAUAUUAAAAGACUUGUCACAAAUACUUUCUCCCUUUGACAUUGCUUCCAAAGAAGUGUCAUCGAAUUCUAAAGUCACAGUAUCACUAGUUAUUCCAGUUACUUGUGGCCUCUUAAACAACUUGGAAAAUAGCACAAAAAAUCUUCUUACCGAAGUUGGCCUUAAAGUAAACGAAUUUUUAAUUGAUUGCGUAAUCAAAAGGUUGUACAAGUACGAAGAUCGCACAGUAACUAGCAUUUCUACAUUACUUGAUCCAAGGUUUAAAAAACAAGGUUUCCGUUCGCAAUACAAUGCCAAAAAUGCUGAAAAACUUUUAAUUGAAGAACUUAUUCAUCUGAGCAAGUCUUCAGCUCCCACCUCAGAGCCACCAACACCAAUUGAUCAACCAAAACCAACACGACAUCCUCUUUAUGAAUUUGUAAAAAUCAACAUAGAAAAUUUGCCUAGGACCAAGCGCUCCGAUGCAAUAAUUGAUUUACAACAAUAUAUUGGGAAACAUCACUCCUUGGGCGAUGUUGAUCCCCUUAACAUAAAUUCUUCAAAAAUGUUUAAUGUUUCCGUAUUUACAGCAUAA